GGAGAGGUCUGCUGUCUACAGUGGCCAUCUGUCUGCCAGGUGGACAGUCGAGCACUCACUUUGCUGUAAAUGGAGACAAGGCUCGAGUUGGAUGUUUUGAUAUACCCAGAUGAAGUAAGGAUCGCUACUCCGGAGGAUCUCAGGGACUGGGAGCUGGAAACUGCGAGCCAGGUGUCCAUACCCACCGUCCGGCUCUUUGUUGCACUUUACCCGUACAACCCGGCUGCCAUGUCUCCAAACCACGAGACAGCUGCAGAAGAGCUGCCCUUUGUGCCAGGCCAGAUCAUCAAGGUUACUGGAGACAAAGACGCAGAUGGGUUUUAUCAUGGCAUGUCUCUAACACCAGACCUGAGCGAUGUCACCAGUAUCCCUGACAGUGGGGCUGUUAGACGAAUGGUAGCCUUAUUUGACUAUGAUCCAUGGGAAAACUCACCCAACAUGGACAGGCUGAACUCGGCUUUCGUUCGGGAGAUAUCAUAUAUGUUUUAG